AAGGAUGGACGAUAAGCACGUGAGCACGUUGAGGUCACCGGUGCUGGUUGGUUCGAAGUGGUGGUGUUGCUCAAGAUGACUGAAGAUUUCAGGAUGCGUGAGCGACGUGUCUUUGCCGAGUUAACCUGGUGAGCUUUCCGUGCCUUUGCCAAACCCCCGCGGAAGGACAUGCCGGCGUUAUCCAAGCUCAAGGCGGUAGUAACCUCACUGUUUACCAAGCACUUGUUCGUUACGAACGUUGUUCUCGGCACAGGCUUCAUGAUGAUCGGUGACAGUUUGCAACAGGGCUACGAAAUCUACGCUGGAAAAGAGAAGCAGUUUGACACGAAGAGAUCACAGGACAUGCUGAUUGUCGGCGGUACGUUCGGUGUUUGCGGUCACAAGUGGUACUCAUUUCUCGACCGCAAGUUUCCCGGAAAUACGCUAGGAAUGGUGGGACGCAAACUGCUGUGCGAAUUCGCCAUCUGCCCUCCGCUUGCAUUCGCCCUUUUCGUCGGCGUGGGUGCUCUGAACAGCAAGCCCUUCCAGCAAAGUGUCACCGAAUUCAAGAAAAACAUCGUUCUAUUCUGCAUAGCUGACUGGGGGUGCUUCGUUCCAGCGCAGGCUCUGAACUUUUUGUUCUUGCCUCCACGCUACCGUUUUCUUUACGUCUGUGGCCUCACAGUAGUCUAUGACAUCUUCCUGUCAUUCAUCCUUCAUAGGGAUUCUCAUGAAGAUAAAGCCAAGAGUUGACAGCAUACUGCCUUGGUCAACUUGGACAACAUCCAUGUGGCAAUACAGCAUUGAUAUAGCCCUUGUAAAUUAUGAUGGCACAGGGUUUUUAAGCUGACAGUCUUUCCCUGAUUACUCUAGGUGCUGCACAUUGUCUAUCUUUCCUCGCUGUGUCCUUAGCAUGUGGAAAUCAACAUCAUCAAUGUAGUGCCUGAGAGUUAGGUGUAGCGGAGGGUUGGAAGAUUUUACAUCGACAGUGAUUUUCCACCACAGCGCGAGCUAAUCGCUGCACUUUUGAAGACUCUCUUCAUUGCUAGGACGGCAUCGGACAUUUGUUUUAUUUUCCUUAAAAUAUUUGCAAUUUGAAAACUAAUAAAAACAAUGAAAGAUCCA